CACUUUUCUGACUAAUAGUUACCACGAACAUAGCCGAUAUUUGUUACAAUUACGAAUUUGAACCCAGUAUGAAAUUAUGAUGAGUAAUUUUGUAUAUUAUUUCGUUGUGUUGCUUUGCUAUAGCAUUACGAAGUCGGAAGCAGAGUACGCUAGAUAUUAUUUUGACUAUGAAUGUAAUGAGCCAUUGCUAGCUAAUGCCAAACUCACCGCCACAUCAAGUUUGAGAGAGAGGGGACCUGACAAUGCUAAAUUAUAUGGUGUCAACGCAUGGACGGCUUCUGAGAACGAUUUCGACCAGCAACUCGUCAUCGAUCUGGGGACAGUGAAGAACAUAACGCGAGUGGCGACGCAGGGGAGGCAGCACUCCAGGGAAUACGUGCAGGAGUACCACAUCAGUUAUGGCACGAACGGAUUGGACUAUGUGCGGUAUAAGGCCGCGGGGGGCGAAGUGAAGACUUUCGACGGCAACCAGGACGGUAACACGGUUAAGAAGAAUGAAUUCGAAGUGCCUAUAAUAGCUCAGUUCAUUCGAAUCAACCCUAUGCGUUGGAGGGACAAGAUCUCCAUGAGAGUCGAGCUGUAUGGAUGCGAUUAUGAGGCCAACACGAUGUCCUUCAACGGCUCCUCGCUUAUCAACAUGGAUCUGCUCCGGGACCCUAUAUCCGCCUCCCGCGAAACCAUCCGUUUCCGGUUCAAGACCAGCACGGCUUCCGGCGCUCUGUUGUAUUCAAGAGGCACUCAGGGAGACUACAUAGCGUUGCAACUGAGGGAUAAUCGACUGGUGUACAAUAUUGACUUAGGUUCCGGCACAGCAACUUCCCUAUCCGUUGGCAGUCUCCUAGACGACAACAUGUGGCACGACGUCCUUAUCUCUCGCACUAGACGUGACGUCAUCUUCUCCGUCGACCGAGUGGUCGUUGCCGGACGAGUCAAGGGCGAGUUCUCGAGGCUCAAUCUUAAUAGGCAGCUAUACAUUGGCGGUGUACCCAACUUCCAAGAAGGCCUAGUAGUAAACCAGAAUUUUACGGGUUGUAUCGAGAACCUGUAUUUGAACGCCACAAACGUCAUCUACGAGUUGAAGCAAGGAUAUGAGACCGGCGAGUCGUUCAAGUACCAGAAAGUGAACACUCUUUACGAUUGUCCAGAACCGGAAAUUGUCCCCAUAACGUUCCUAAAGGAAGGCUCGUACGCGAAACUGCGCGGCUACUCCGGGGGCAACCAACUCAACAUAUCUUUUGAUUUCCGAACUUACGAGAACCACGGGCUGCUCAUAUACCACAAGUUCAAGUCUGAGGGACACGUCAAGGUAUACCUUGACGAAGGCAAAGUCAAAGUGGAACUCUUUACCGAAGGCUCUCCCAAAGUGAAGCUGGACAACUACCCCGACGAGAUGUUCAAUGAUGGCAGAUGGCAUGCCCUGAUGCUGACCAUGGCUACAGAUAGCCUGACGGUGGCUGUCGACCAUAGACCGGUGAAAACUACGAAAAAAUUGAGGUUUUUUACUGGCAGCUCGUAUUAUAUUGCCGGUGGUAAAGGCCCUCCGCGCGGCUUCGUAGGCUGCAUGCGCCGCAUAGCUGUAGACGGCAACUACCAGCGACCCACGGACUGGAAGAAAGAGGACUAUUGCUGCCCCAACGACGUGGUGUUUGACGCCUGUCAGAUGAUUGACAGAUGUAACCCGAACCCUUGCGAGCACGGCGGCGAGUGCACUCAGACUGCCGACGAGUUCAACUGCAACUGCCAGGGCACUGGCUACGCGGGUGCCGUUUGCCAUUCGUCGGUGCACCCGCUGUCCUGCCAGGCGUACAAGAACGUGCAGGCCGUGGCGCGCUCCGCCGACAUCAGCGUCGACGUGGACGGCUCCGGCCCGCUGCCCGCCUUCCCCGUCACCUGCCAGUUCUACACGGACGGGCGCGUGCUAACAACGGUGCAGCACUCGUCGUCGGUCUCUCAGAGCACCGUCGUCGACGGCUACCAGGAACCCGGCAGCUUCAAACAGGACAUAACCUACGACGCGUCCCGCGCCCAGCUGGAGGCGUUGCUGAACCGAUCGAGCUCGUGCUCGCAGCGGCUCGAGUACAUGUGCCGCCACUCACGCCUCCUCAACUCUCCUAGUGAAGAAGCAAACUUCCACCCGUUCGCGUGGUGGGUGUCGCGCUCGGGGCAGCGCAUGGACUACUGGGCGGGCGCGCAGCCCGGCUCGCGCAUGUGCGCGUGCGGCGUGCUCGGCGCGUGCGUCGAUCCCACCAAAUGGUGUAAUUGUGACGCGGAAUAUACACAGCUCAAGGCUCAAGAAUUCCAAACGGACGGCGGAGACAUCACAGAAAAGGAGUAUUUACCAGUAAAAGCGCUACAUUUUGGAGACACGGGCAGCCAUCUUGAUGAAAAAGAGGGACGCUACACUCUCGGCCCGCUGCUGUGCGAGGGAGAUGACCUCUUCGGCAACGCAGUGACGUUCCGCAUAGCGGACGCGUAUAUCGCCCUGCCCACGUUCGAUCUCGGCCACAGUGGCGACAUCUACUUCGAGUUUAGGACUACUAAGGAGAACGCCGUACUGUUACACUCUAAGGGCCCUCAAGAUUAUAUCAAGCUGUCAAUCAUAGGCGGAGACCAGCUACAGUUCCAGUUCCAAGUCGGAGACACACCGCUGGGCGUGAUGGUGGAAACCAGCAAUCGGCUGGCUGAUAACAAGUGGCAUUCUGUGGCUAUCGAGAGGAACCGGAAAGAAGCCAGAGUGGUAGUAGACGGUGCCCUGAAGAAUGAAAUCCGCACAGCUAAGGAACCUGUGCGCGCCCUCCAACUAUCAUCACCUCUUAUUAUAGGAGCCGCUAUGGACCGCAAGGAUGGAUUCGUCGGAUGCAUCAGGGCAUUACUUUUGAACGGCCGUCCGGUAGACUUAUUGUCGUACGCUAGACGAGGUCUAUACGGCGUGGCACCGGGCUGCGUGGGCAAGUGCGAGUCGUCGCCCUGCCUCAACAACGGCACCUGCCUCGAGGGCUACGACUCGUACUCGUGCGACUGCCGCUGGACCGCCUUCAAGGGACCGAUAUGUGCUGACGAAAUCGGCGUGAACCUCCGCGCCAACUCGAUGGUGAAAUACGACUUCUUCGGCUCGUGGCGCUCCACCAUCGCAGAGAGCAUCCGCGUGGGCUUCACCACCACCAACCCCAAGGGAUUCCUGCUAGGCUUCUCUUCCAACAUCUCUUCAGAAUACCUCACGAUUAUGCUCACUAAUUCUGGUCAUUUGCGUGUGGUAUUCGACUUCGGAUUCGAACGGCAAGAAAUCAUAUUCCAGGGCAAGCAUUUCGCACUUGGCCAGUACCACGACGUACGGUUAUCUAGGAAGAACAGCGGUGCCACUAUGGUUCUACAAGUGGACAACUACGAAGUACAAGAAUACAACUUCAAUAUAAAGGCCUCAGCCGACGCUCAGUUCAACAACAUCCAGUACAUGUACAUAGGCCGGAACGAGUCCAUGCACGAAGGCUUCGUAGGCUGCGUCAGCCGCGUAGAAUUUGACGAUAUAUACCCGCUGAAGCUCAUGUUCCAGCAGGAUCCUCCGCCUAAUGUGAGGAGUCUAGGUGGAGUCCUAAACGAAGACUUCUGCGGCGUGGAACCUGUCACCCACCCUCCAGAGCCAAUCGAAACGCGGCCACCCCCGCCCAGGGACCCUGCUGACACAGACAUGCACACCACCGACGAGGCCAUCCUAGGCACGGUGUUGGCGUUCAUCUUCCUCCUGCUUAUCAUCGUGGCGGUCGUUUUGGUACGAGCUCUCUCGCGGCAUAAGGGAGAAUAUCUCACUCAGGAGGAGCGCGGCGCGGACGGCGCGGCGGACCCGGACCAGGCCGCGCUGCACGCCGCCACCGGCCCGCGCGUCACCAAGCGCAGGGAGUUCUUCAUAUAGACUACUCAGCCCUCACACUACUACUCACAUGCCUUCAAUACU